GCCUGCAGCACAGCGUCCGCAUGGGGCACACUUGACCAGUCACGGACAAUUCGUCUGUCAUCUCUCCUCGCGCUUUGCGUAUGCCUUUCCGGGCGGUGUAGAUUGAGUCUGAUCAGGAGAGUAUUUCUGCGCAUGCCACCGUCGUGAUACGUGCCUAUCCAGGCGGGACUCAAAUACUAUCCACACGCUUCCAGGCGCUCUGCGACCGGGAAGACAAACAGAGACAAGACCGCGCGCGACUCAACUGAGUCUUCGAAGGCCAUCCAUUUGCAUUUGCCGGAGUUUUGCUGCGGAGCGCUUCCUCGCGGCCAUCUGCCGUCUUUCUUUUCUUUUAGAGGACCCGGGUUCAGAAGCUCUGUCCUUUUCCUUGUCCCUUUUGCAGCUCUUAUCGCCUUCGUGUGUUUUGCAGCAUGACGAACGUCACAGCCGCGCCCUCCCGGGCGUCAUCAAUAGCACGAAGUGCGCGUGCGCCCAGUGCAGCCCGUACAAUAACAAAACGCCGCGACAAACCGUACAAGACGGAGACACAGCGGGUUAUGGCGAGGAAGAAGAGAUUGAAGCUUGCCGAUACCUUUCAAGAAGCCCCGCCAGGAUUCCAAUACUUAGCCGUCGGUACUCCGGACCUCGCCGAGCGGUGCAAAGAGCUUUCUCGCCUUCGUGGAUUUCCGGUCACCAUUGUUCAUGGACGGCCGAGAAAUUCAGCCUCCACAAGGUUUGACAAGGUGUCGGGUCAUAUACACAGGAUCGGUUACCAUUUUCAGCAAGACGUGCUCCGCACUGCCGCUCAGGAACUCGGAUACGUCUUCCACGGCUACGAUGGAACCUGUGUCAAGGCUGCGGACGUUCAAGCUCAGAACGAGGAAAGCGCCAUGGCCAAGCUCUUGAAGAAGCACGGAAUUGCGCUCAAUAAGGGACCCGAACGUGAAAGCCGUGAGCAGAUCCAGGCUGCAGUUCGGGAAUUAUUCCCCAAAAUACCCCAGGAGGAUCUUGAAUUUAUUUACGACCAUGCGUGGGAGCGAAACACUAACCGUGUUGGGACCCGGCUCGAUCUGCCGCUGUCAUCCCGCGUACAGCUUGCAGUCGGAUCGCGAGUGCGUCACACCUACACUGACUACGAUAAGCUGCUCAAAGUGUUCGGCGACUGGCAGGGCGUCCGGGCAAUGGUCGAGCCUUACUGCGUCAAGAAGCUGAUCGAGUGGAGGGGCGAGCUUGAAGACGGUGAUGAGUUUGAAGAGAUUGUCCGCGAGACCAUUAUCAUCGAUGACGAGGACGAGGACGGGGGCGCAGCUGUUGACGUCGAUGAUGACUCGGCUGAUAGUGACACCAGCAUCGAGAUUGUUCACCGGCCUGCAGCUGCUGAAGACAUUGGCGCAGAAAGCCACGACGAGCAGUCGAGGCAUUUCUUGCAGCGAUACCUACCGAAACCCUCUGGACGGCUUUUACCACCCAACCAGCAAUCACGUGUCGAUGUCCGGCAAAAGAUCGACCUGGCCAGAUCUCAGAUGCAGAUCCCUCACAGACCCAAUGCCGCACCCGAGCCUCGCGUGGUUCAAGUGACCUUACCUCCUGGUCAGGAAUCUGUCAUCAUCGGUGGCGAGCGAUAUCAGCGGCAGGCAAGACCAGCACCUGACAUCUGGCCCUCGAUCGAACAAGCCAGCGGCAGUCGAAGAAGCAGUGGAGACGCUUUCACAGUUCGCACUAACGAUGAGCACCGCAAUGCGUACAUCCACGGUCGUUCCAUCACAUCAGAAGACGAAAACCGUGGUAAGCGCCGCAAAAUGGAACAGGAUGCCACGAUGAUGACGCUGCCCACCACUACCUGGACACCGCCUGGCCAGCAACAAAUUCAAAGCCAGUCCGGUCAGUUCUUCGCUCCAGCCCGGGCAGGUCCAACAACAGAUUUUGGUCGAGACUCGCCGCAUUGGGAUCAUGGUUAUCGCCCGGGCGACAGCUACCAUACCCAGCCAAACAUGGCACGCGAGAAGUUCUUCCCAGUACAUCCGGUCCAGCAGAGCAUCGAACAAGGAAGCACAUCCGUCACGACAACCCCUCCGCGUUUGCAACAUCCAGCGCGUCACAACCUCGUCCAUGCACAAGUUGCACCUAUUCAGUAUGCUCCAAGCUCGUCCCUCGUUCGAAACAACAUGCCUGGCCGCUUCGAGGGCUUUCCCGGCGAGCCAUUUCGCCAAAUCGUCGUGGUCGACGACUCUCCUUCAAGGAGAACCACGCUGCCUCGACCCGUCCACGGUGCGCCUGCGCCUGUGCAGCAGCUCCAGAGGUAUGGAGCAUAUCAGGCAGUUGUUUCAGGUCCGCCAUCGUGGUCUACCGGGGCGCCUCCGCCUCCGCCUCCACAAUACCAAUACCAGUACCAGUACCAGUACCCUCGAUGAGAGGAAGCGCAUCUCGCAUGUCACGAGUUCGAACAUCUGUACGCUGAAUCGCCACGACGGUGCGAAGCGAUGAC